GCAAGGGUCCAGGCUGAAAGGGAGAUGCAAGGAGCCUGGGAGAAGACACCUUCAAGGCAGUGACACCCUGACCCUUCUAUCCCUCCACCCUCCCCUGGCAGAGGGUGUAUCUUGGGGCUCUUUGCAUCAUCCUGUGGCUUCCACCCGGCAGCCAGGGGGUGGCAGAGGGAAGGGCAGAGCCAGCCACCAUGGCGACACACCUCUCCCACCCCCAGCGGCGCCCUCCGCUCAUGCGCCAGGCCAUCAAGAUAAGGCGCCGCAGGGUCAGAGACCUGCGGGAUCCACCGCCCCAAACCACCAAGGAGGUCCAGGUUCAGUCCCACCUCUUCUCCCCAGAGGAGCGGGACCUGCUGUAUGAGGAAGCCCUCUAUACUGUCCUGCACCGCCUGGGUCAGCCAGAGCCCAACCAUGUGAAAGAGGACUCGGCACUGCUGCGCUAUCUGCAGGAGGCUUUCCAGGUGCAACCUGAGGAGCACCGGCAGAUGCUGCAGCAUGUCAGGGAGCUUGAGAAGCCAAUAUUUUGUCUGAAGGCUACAGUGAAACAGGCCAAGGGCAUUCUGGGCAAGGAUGUCAGUGGGUUCAGUGACCCCUACUGCCUGCUAGGCAUCGACCAGGGGAUUGGCAUGCCAGAAGGCAGCCCUGUGUCCCGGCGUCGGCAGAAGGCUGUAGUGAGACACACCAUCCCUGAAGAGCAGACCCAUCGCACCCAAGUCAAACCCCAGACACUUAAUCCCGUCUGGGAGGAGACCUUUAUCUUGGAGUUUGAGGACAUAACGAAUGCAAGCUUUCACCUGGACAUGUGGGACCUGGACACUGUAGAGUCCGUCAGACAGAAGCUCGGAGAGCUCACGGACCUGCAUGGGCUCCGAAGGAUCUUUAAGGAUGCUCGGAAGGAUAAAGGCCAGGAUGAUUUUCUGGGGAACGUGGUUCUGAGGUUACAGGACCUGCGCUGCCGAGAGGACCAGUGGUAUCCACUGGAGCCCUGCACAGAGACCUACCCGGACCGUGGCCAGUGUCACCUUCAAUUCCAGUUCAUUCACAAGCGGAGAGCCACAGUGGCCAGCCGCUCCCAGCCCAACUACACUGUCCACUUCCAUCUGCUGCAGCAGCUGGUGUCCCAUGAAGUCACUCAGCACCAGGCUGCCAGUACCGCCUGGGAUGCAUCGCUGAGUCCCCAGGCUGUCACCAUCCUCUUUCUCCACGCCACUCAGAAGGACCUGUCGGACUUCCACCAGUCCAUGGCGCAAUGGCUGGCCUACAGCCGCCUCUACCAGAGCCUGGAGUUCCCCAGCAGCUGCCUCCUGCACCCCAUCACCAGCAUAGAGUACCAGUGGAUCCAGGGCCGGCUUAAAGCGGAACAGCGGGAGGAGCUGGCCACCUCCUUCACGUCCCUGUUGACCUAUGGCCUCUCCCUCAUCCGGAAGUUCCGCUCUGUCUUUCCCCUGUCUGUCUCUGAUUCCCCAUCCAGGCUGCAGUCCCUCCUCAGGGUCUUGGUCCAGAUGUGCAAGAUGAAGGCCUUUGGAGAACUGUGCCCAGACAGUGCUCCACUGCCCCAGCUGGCUUCUGAAGCUCUGCGGACAGGCACUGUUGAAUGGUUUCACUUGAUGCAGCAACAUCAUCAGCCCAUGGUGCAGGACAUCUUGGAGGCUGGCAAGGCCUUGCUAAGCCUGGUCCACGAUGUUAUGAGGGAUCUCUACCAGUGCCAUCGCACGUGGAACAAGAUUUUCCAUAACGUCCUCAAGAUAGACCUCUUCACCAUAGCCUUUAUGGAGCUGCAGUGGCUGGUGGCCAAGAGGGUGCAGGACCACAUAGUAGCAGUGGGCAACCUCGUUUCUCCAGACAUUGGAGAGAAUCUGUUUCAGCUCUAUGUCAGCCUGAAGGAGCUCUGCCAGCUGGGCCCUGUCUCCUCAGACAGCCUUGGAGUCCUGGCCCUGGAUGGUUUCCAUCGCUGGUUCCAGCCAGCCAUCCCUUCCUGGCUGCAGAAGACUUACAGUGUCGCCCUGGAGCGGGUGCAGCGUGCUGUGCAGAUGGACAUGCUGGUGCCUCUGGGUGAACUGACCAAGCACAGCACUUCUGCUGUGGAUCUGUCCACCUGCUUUGCCCAGAUUAGCCACACUGCCCGGCAGCUGGACUGGCCAGACCCAGAGGAGGCCUUCAUGAUCACUGUCAAAUUUGUGGAGGACACCUGCCGGCUGUCCCUGGUCUACUGCAGCCUCAUAAAGACCCGGGCCCGGGAGCUGUCUGCAGGUCAGAGGGACCAGGGCCAGGCAGCCAACAUGCUCUGUGUGGUGGUGAAUAACAUGGAGCAGCUGAGGCUGGUCGUUGACAAGCUGCCUGCUCAGCUGGCGUGGGAGGCAUUGGAGCAGCGGGUCGGGGCCGCGCUGGAGCAGGGGCAGCUGCAGAACACACUACAUGCUCAGCUGCAGGGCGCCUUGGCCGGGCUGGCCCAUGAGAUCCGUACUGGCGUCCGGACCCUGGCAGAGCAGUUGGAGGCGGGCAUUGCCAUGCACAUCCAGAAACUCAUUGCUGCCAAGGGGUCUGUUCUGCCGGAGGAUGCCAUUCUGCCACUGAUGAAAUUCUUGGAGGUGAAGCUUUGCUACAUGAACACCAACUUGGUCCGAGAGAACUUCAACAGCCUCCUCACUCUGCUGUGGACCCACACACUCACAGUGCUGGUGGAGGCGGCCUCUUCUCAGCGUACCUCCUCAUUGGCCUCCAGCAGGCUGAAGGUAGCUCUUCAGAACCUGGAGAUCUGCUUCCAUGCUGAGGGCUGUGGUUUGCCACUAGAGGACCUGCACACAGCCACUUUCCAGGCUCUGCAGAGUGACCUGGAGCUGCAGGCGGCCUCCAGCAGGGAGCUCAUCCAGAAGUACUUCUGUAACCGGAUCCAGCAGCAGGCUGAAACCACUUCUGAGCGGCUGGGUGCAGUCACCAUCAAGGCCGUCUACCGUGCCUGUGAGCAGAAGCUUCACGUGGAGCUGCUCAGCGCUUCCAACCUGCUGCCCCUGGACUCCAAUGGUUCCAGUGACCCCUUUGUUCAGCUGACGCUGGAACCCAGACAUGAAUUCCCUGAGCUGGCCCCUAGAGAGACCCAGAAGCACAAGAAGGAACUUCACCCACUCUUUGAUGAGUCCUUUGAAUUUCUGGUGCCCGCUGAGCCAUGCCAAAAAGCCUGGGCGUGCCUCCUGCUCACUGUGCUGGACCACGACACUCUGGGAGCUGAUGAUCUGGAGGGGGAGGCCUUCCUACCACUCUGCAGGGUGCCUGGACUGACAGGCUGUGAAGAGCCUGGUGAAACACCUCAGAUGCGCCUGCCUCUCACAUACCCUGCUUCCAAUGGGGAUCCAAUUUUGCGGCUGUUAGAGAGCCGGAAGGGUGAUCGUGAGGCCCAGGCCUUUGUAAAGCUGAGGAAGCAGCGAGCCAAGCAGGCCUCCCAGCAUGCCCCACACCUGGGGCCGUAGCAGAAGAGAAGCCAGAGUCCUGAAAGUUUUGGGUCUUCCUGCUACAGGGAAGCAGGUGUAACACAUCCUGGUGUAACACAGAGGGAGAAUCAGUAUGUGGAAGGCCCAGAGUUCUUGCCAGAAUAGUCCUUGAUGAUGGACUACCAUGACCAGGAUUUGUCCUUUGUUGUCACUCCCUUGUGUCUCAAUGCUGCUCUCUGCCAUAUUCUAGCAGAGGUCCAUCUCCUGUCCCUGCUGUUUCCCCUUCCCCCAGAAAAGCUGCUUUGGUAGGGUAGCAUUCAGGGCCAUCUGCCUUCAGGAACUGCCAGUCCCAGCUACUGUGGGGUGGGGCCAGAACUGUGGGCAUAAACUUAAGAGAGAGAGAGAGGACCCUGUCAAAGCCACCCUGGUGGAGGAAGGGGGUGGCCAUUACUACAGGGAGAAGGGAAGAAACUCAGACUCUGAGGUGAGUGCUGGCAGGAAGCAGGGCAAGCAGAUGGGCAGCAGCAGAAAGGACAGUUUGGCUGUCUACAGAGUAAGCUUCCUCCCUCACAUAGAGCACCUGCCACCUAGAAAUGUUCUUAGUGAAAAUAAAAAUAAAACAUUAUC